AUGAAAAUACCUAUUUUCGUCCUUUCAUUAGCGUUAUACUUGUUGUUCCCUUUCCCAGCUAUUGGGCGUUUUAUAAUACUUGUUCUAUUUGGAUUCAAGCAGUACGAUUUGACUGUUGAUGGGGUCAAAAAAUCAAGAACUGGAGAAAUAAAUGCUAGUAGACCCACUGUUGGUGAUUUUGUUGUGGUUAAUUAUCAGUCUCCAAUUGAUGGCUUAAUCUUGGCAGCAUUAUCGAACGCCAAUUGGAAUAAGAUCGCGGUUUUAAUUCCUAACAAAGAUGGUGAUUUAUAUCAAUAUAGUAUUUGGGGACUUAUUAGAUAUACGUUAUCUACUAAUAUUGGUGUUCCAACCAGCACCAUCAAAAUCGGCAAUUACUCCACCUUGAAGGACAAGCUAGUGUACUGUUUUAUUGAGGGUACUCCAUCUAAUAAUAAGUCCAUAUUGCCAUUUAUGGAUAACCUCGCGGCCAUCCCAAAGACGACGUUCAAUUUCAAAACUGUAAUUUUAAAGAUUCAACCAGGUUAUUUAACCACUCCAUUGCCAAUUGUUUCAAAAUGGAGAUACUUUGCUAAGUUAUUGACGAAUUUGAAUAAAAACAGCUCUAUUAGAGCUAAGAUUUUCAAGCAUGCACCUUCUGAAUUAAAAGAUAAUUUUGAUUUUAGGUUACUGAAACAUUGCUUUGAAGUAGGCCAAUUAAAUUUGAUAGGUCAGGAUUUGAAUAUUGGUCAAAAAAUUAGCUUUUACAACUAUUAUAUAGAUCAUAAAGUCAAGAAACAAUAA